GCUACUCGACAUGCAGAGAUCGUGGUGAUUGAUCGGGUCCUGGACUGGUGCAAGGAACACAACAAAGAUUAUACAGAAGUGUUUGCACACUCCGUGUUGUAUGUAACUGUGGAGCCUUGUAUCAUGUGUGCAGCUGCCAUACGUUUGAUGAAAAUUCCACGGGUUGUAUAUGGCUGUCGAAAUGAGCGAUUUGGAGGCUGUGGCUCAGUUCUGAGUAUCUCAUCCGAUGAUAUGGUAGACACAGGAGACCCAUUUGAAUGCGUUUCUGGAUAUCGUGCCAAAGAGGCAGUGGAAAUGUUAAAAGCUUUCUACAGACAAGAAAAUCCCAAUGCACCAAAAUCAAAAGUGCGGAAAAAGGACCGUCGUAAUUAG